GACGAACCUGUACGAGAAUCAAAGCGGCAGUUGAGCGCGAAACCUCGUGCUGUUUGUGUCGAGUGUUUGUGAAUGAAUAUAAACAAUCGACUCAAAUCUUUUAUAUCUAAAACUACAUAACAAUUAGACAUCUUCCAAUUCUAUGACUAAUACAUAUUUGUAAAACACCUGUUUCGACAUUCGCGUCAAGGACAACGGAAACUCAGAUACGAGAACUUUGUGGUAGUUUACGUGACAAUACGGAGAAAAAUACAAUCAAAUAUAGUGAUGGAAAAAAAUUUGUACAGAACUGCCAAAAUGGAGAACCAGCAGGUGUGGGUAAGGGAUCCAAAAGAAGGAUUCAUUAUAGGGAAGUUUGCGGACAUGGUAGAUGGAGAUGCAUUAAUUGUUCCUCUUGACCCGAAGUAUCCUCAACGCACGUGCCCACUCGACGAAGUAUAUCCAGCUGGCGAAUACACCAAAGACGUCGAAGACAAUUGCGCCCUGAUGUACCUGAACGAAGCAACACUCCUUAACAAUAUACGCACCCGUUACUUCAAGGACAAAAUAUACAGUUAUGUUGCGAAUAUCCUCAUUGCAGUCAAUCCCUAUUGUCCAGUUAAGGAUUUAUAUUCUCCUCAGACAAUCAAAUCAUAUCAGGGAAAGUCGCUGGGAGAAACACCUCCACACGUAUUUGCAAUUGCUGACAAAGCUUUUAGAGAUAUGAAAGUAUUCAAACAAUCACAAAGUAUUAUAGUAUCUGGUGAAUCAGGAGCUGGAAAAACAGAAUCAACAAAGUAUCUGCUUCGAUAUCUAUGCGACCUGUGGGGAUCCACUGCUGGUCCAAUUGAACAAAAAAUUCUUGACGCCAACCCUGUACUUGAAGCAUUUGGUAAUGCAAAAACGAAAAGAAAUAACAACAGCUCGCGCUUUGGAAAAUUUAUGGAAGUGCAUUUCGACAAUAAAUGUCAAGUCGUAGGAGGCUUUAUCUCACACUAUCUUCUAGAGAAGUCACGGGUCUGCCUUCAGAGUUCAGACGAAAGGAAUUAUCAUGUCUUUUACAUGAUGUGUGCGGGUGCUCCAGCAGAAUUACGAGCUAAACUAGGUAUUACCAAGCCAGACGAUUUCCAUUAUCUCAAGAACGGCUGUACACAAUAUUUUUGUAAUCAAAAAUCUGGAAAAAAACUCAACGAUGCCCAGAAGAGUCGUGAUCAUUCAUCAAAGGGUGGAUUGUCAGAUCCUAUCCUUGAUGAUGUUGAAGGAUUUGCUGCCGUUGAUCAGGCGUUUACUCGUCUUGGACUUAGUGAUGUUGAACGAAUGGAUAUUUACACAAUGGUAGCAGCAGUUCUUCAUCUAGGUAAUAUAGUCUUUGAAGACAACCCGGAAGAUACUAAAGGAGGCUGCAGGAUUGCAGCGAGCGCAACAAAACCACUUGGAAUGGCUGCUAAAUUGCUGGGCGUUGACCCUGACGAGCUUCGAGAAUCUUUAGUUUCUAAAGUAAUGCAAACUAGUCGAGGUGGAUUCAAAGGAACAGUGAUUAUGGUACCACUGAAAGUUUAUGAAGCAAAUAAUGCUCGUGAUGCCCUGGCUAAAGCAAUUUAUAGUAAACUUUUUGACUACAUUGUCACCCGCAUCAACAAAAGCAUACCAUUCAAGGCUUCAAGUUAUUACAUUGGUGUUCUUGACAUUGCUGGCUUUGAAUAUUUCAAAGUUAAUAGCUUUGAACAAUUCUGCAUUAAUUAUUGUAAUGAAAAACUUCAACAAUUUUUUAAUGAGAGAAUUCUUAAGUUCGAGCAAGAUUUAUACGCCAAAGAGUCUUUAAAUGUACCCAAGAUCUCUUAUGCUGAUAACCAAGACUGUAUUGACUUAAUUGAAGCUAAAACAAACGGAAUUUUCAGCUUAUUAGAUGAAGAAUCGAAACUUCCUACGCAAAGUUUCGCUCAUUUCACCAGUGAAGUUCAUAGAACAUGGAAUGGUCACUUUAGACUUACUCUUCCAAGAACAUCUAAACUAAAAGCACAUCGAGAACUCCGAGAUGACGAAGGAUUUGUGAUUAGACAUUUUGCUGGAGGAGUUUGUUAUCAAACUAAUCAAUUUAUUGAAAAGAAUAAUGAUGCUCUUCAUGCUUCUCUUGAGGGAUUAAUUCAGGAGAGCGGAAACAAUUUUUUACGGACGCAAUUUGCUAAUCAUUCCAGCCAGAAAGGAAAAUUGACGUUUAUAAGUGUUGGUAGUAAAUUUAAAACUCAACUAGCCGAGCUCAUGGAUAAAUUAAAGAGCAAUGGAACAAACUUUGUACGAUGUAUUAAACCCAAUCAUGAAAUGGUAGAUCACAGUUUCGAUGGAAACAGCAUACUUGGACAAUUACGUUGUUCUGGUAUGACUUCUGUUCUGGAACUCAUGGAGCACGGAUAUCCGAGUCGAGUACCUUUCCAAGAGCUUUACAACAUGUACAAAAUAUACUUGCCUCCGGAACUCGCAAAAUUGGAUCCACGAUUCUUCUGUGAAGCACUGUUACAUAGUUUGAAAUUAAAUAAUAAGGACUUUAAAUUUGGUAUUACUCGAGUGUUCUUCAAACCAGGAAAAUUCGCUGAAUUUGAUAGAAUAAUGAAAUCAGAUCCUGAAAAUUUGAAAAAGCUUGUAGCUAAUGUGAAAAAAUGGUUAUUAAGAUCUCGGUGGAAUAAAAUACAAUUCUGUGCUUUAUCUGUUAUUAAACUAAAAAAUAAAAUAAUCUAUAGAAGAAAUCAUCUUAUCGUUAUUCAGAAAUAUAGUAGAAUGUUUAUUGCAAAAAAACAGCAUCAACCGAGAAUCCAAGGAGUUGUAAAAAUUAAAAAGCUUAAGAAUCAACUAGGAGAGAUGGAAGAGAUAGCUAAUCAAUUAAAAAGUGGAAAGGAAAAAAGCAUUAGGGAUAUCAGAAACUUACAAUCGGAAAUUGAAGUUUCUAUUCAAAAAAUCAAGAACAAUUCAAAAAUAAAAGCAACAGAAAUAGAUGCAUUAUAUACAAAACUCGCAAACGACGUAAAUAGUCAAAUGGCAAGUCUUAAGCAUCAAAAAGUCGAAGAACAAAGAUUGCGGAAACUUCAGGAAGAAAUGGAGAUCGAGAAAAAGAAAAAAGCCGAAGAAUUAGCUAAAAAGAAGGAAGACGAUGACAACAGAAAGAAAAAACUUGAAAUUGAAACUCGACGAAAGGCUGAAGAAGAACAAAGGAAGAAACAGGAAGACGAUGACAAGAAAGCUGCUUUAGCUCUACAGCUUCAGUUGGAAAAAGAAGCUAUGGAGGAAAAUCACUAUCGUGAAUUGAUGGAACAAGAACGACGAGAUCAUGAUCUAGCUGUUCGAUUAGCCCAAGAAUCUAAUGGUCAAGUUGAAGAUUCGCCUCCACCAAUCAGAAAUGGCUCAGACGUGCGGGUUACCACAACAAACAACAACAGGCUCAACAGGUCGGAACAAGUGAGAAAUCAACAAGCAAUGAUGACUAACAAAAAAUAUGAUUUAUCUAAGUGGAAGUACUCAGAGCUACGUGACGCAAUCAAUACGUCUUGUGACAUUGAACUGCUUGAGGCAUGUCGUCAUGAAUUCCAUCGCAGAUUAAAAGUUUACCAUGCUUGGAAAGCACGAAACCGUAGGCGUACGACAAUGGAUGAAAAUGAACGUGCUCCAAAAUCAAUUAUGGAAGCAGCUGCCAAGUCUCCACGGAAUCCACUUAAACAACAGAUUGUUGAGUCAUCUCAACGAUAUUUCCGUAUUCCUUUUGUCCGUCCAAGUGCUUUAGGACAAGCAGACGGUGGAGGUAAACGUGGAUGGUGGUAUGCUCACUUUGAUGGCCAGUAUGUUGCAAGGCAAAUGGAAUUACAUCCGGAUAAGCCACCGAUUCUUUUAGUAGCAGGAAUCGAUGACAUGCAGAUGUGUGAAUUGAGCUUGGACGAGACAGGUUUAACUAGAAAACGUGGAGCAGAAAUUCUCGAGCAUGAGUUUAAUCGUGAAUGGGAACGUCAUGGGGGAAAACCUUACAUAAUUCCAGGCGAUCGAAAAAAAUAACUCAUUUCUAUUUUAUAAUGCUUCCGUUUGACUGUAGACUUUAUUUCUUUAUUUCCAUCGUGAACUUCAACCACAUUAUUACCAAUUAUCAUUAUUUAUGAGACUUUUUUUAUUGAGUUUCAUUAAUUCCAUCAAUAACAUUGCUUUUUUAUUCCAAGUAUUUCAAAAAAAAAAUGAUGUAUUUAAUGUGUUAUAAAAAUUGAUGGAAGCUGCACUAGAGAAUUAUGAUUACUACUUAUUCCUUUGUAGUAUUUUUUAUGUUAAGUUAAAAAAUGCAACAAAAUUUUAUGUGAGAUCUCUUGACAUCUUUAGCACGUGUUAUUAUACGUCUAUUCUUGAACGUAUACUUUACAUCAAUUCUAUGUAUCAUAUGUUAUUAUAAUAUUUAGACUUGUGUCUAUUGAAAGAUGCAUUAAUUAAAUGAUAAAUAAGGGCUAAAAGUGAGACUUUAAAAUGAUAUACUAAAAUAAGAAUAAAAAAAAUCUAUAUUUGGCAUGCCUAUUAAAUAAAUAAAAUUAUUUCAAAUAAUUCUUUUUUUUUAAUUUUAAAAAUAGUUAACAUCUAUUCAACUCUUGUAAACAAAAAUACAAAAACAUAUUCGAUUCUUUAAUUAACUUGUUAAUGGCGGUGUCCAUCCACCAUAUCCUUUUUCCAGUUCUUUCGCCACUGCUAAACACAGGCGAUCUUGAUAAGGUGCUGCGAUUACCUAUGUAAUACAUUCGAUAUAAUCAUUAAAAA